GGAGGCAAUCCCCCAGGAGGCCAGCCCGGCGGGCGGCGGGUGCUGUCCAGCAGCAUCCCCAUCUCCGGCCGCGCCUGGCGGCUCGGGGCCCGCGUCCUGCUCUGCGGCCGCGCGUGGGGACCUGCGGGGACCUGCGGGGACCCCCGGGGACAGCCCGCGCGCUCCGAGGCUGGCGGCUUCUGCUGGGACUUCGCCAGAGGAACCAGUGAAAAAGAGUGUUCUGAACAUCACCCUGACGUCAAAGAACCUGAAGCUGAAGGAGCUUGUGUGUGGACAAGAGGCCCUGGCAGCUCAGAUGGAUCCUAUGGAGCUGAGAAAUGUCAACAUCGAACCUGAUGAGGAGGAGAGUGUCAGUGGAGAAAGUGCUCAAGAUAGCUAUACCGGGAUGGGAAACUUAGAAAAGGCAGCAAUGAGCAGUCAAUUUACUAAUGAAGAUGCUGAAAGUCAGAAAUUCCUGACAAAUGGAUUUUUAGGGGAAAAGAAGCUGGCAGAUUAUGAUGAUGAACAUCACCCUGGAACCACCUCCUUUGGAAUGUCUUCAUUCAACCUGAGUAAUGCCAUCAUGGGCAGUGGAAUCUUGGGCCUGUCCUACGCCAUGGCCAACACGGGGAUCAUACUUUUUAUAAUCAUGCUGCUUGCUGUAGCAAUAUUAUCACUCUACUCAGUUCACCUUUUAUUAAAGACCGCCAAGGAAGGAGGGUCUUUAAUUUAUGAAAAACUAGGGGAAAAGGCAUUUGGAUGGCCCGGGAAAAUCGGAGCUUUUGUUUCCAUUACGAUGCAGAACAUUGGAGCAAUGUCGAGCUACCUCUUUAUCAUUAAAUAUGAACUACCUGAAGUAAUCAGAGCAUUCAUGGGACUUGAAGAAAAUACUGGAGAAUGGUACCUCAAUGGCAACUACCUCGUCAUAUUUGUGUCUCUUGGAAUCAUUCUUCCACUUUCUCUCCUUAAAAAUUUAGGUUACCUUGGUUAUACCAGUGGAUUUUCUCUUACCUGCAUGGUGUUUUUUGUCAGUGUGGUGAUUUACAAGAAAUUCCAAAUACCCUGCCCUCUGCCCGUUCUGGAUCACAAUGUUGGAAAUCUGACAUUCAACAAUACCCUUCCAGUGCACAUGGUAAUGUUACCUAACAACUCUGAGAGUAGUGGUGUGAACUUCAUGAUGGAUUACACCCACCAGAAUCCUGCAGGGCUAGAUGAGAACCAGGCCAAGGGCUCUCUUCAUGGCAGUGGAGUAGAGUAUGAAGCCCACAGUGAUGACAAGUGCCAACCCAAAUACUUUGUAUUCAACUCCCGGACGGCCUACGCAAUCCCUAUCCUAGCAUUUGCUUUUGUGUGCCACCCCGAGGUCCUACCCAUCUACAGUGAACUUAAAGAUCGGUCCCGGAGGAAGAUGCAAACAGUGUCAAAUAUUUCCAUCACGGGGAUGCUCAUCAUGUACCUGCUUGCUGCCCUCUUUGGUUACCUAACCUUCUAUGGAGAAGUUGAAGAUGAAUUACUGCAUGCUUACAGCAAAGUAUACACAUUUGACACCCCUCUCCUCAUGGUACGCCUGGCGGUCCUUGUGGCAGUGACAUUAACAGUGCCCAUUGUCCUGUUCCCAAUUCGUACAUCAGUGACCACACUCUUAUUUCCCAAAAGACCCUUCAGUUGGAUAAGACAUUUCUUAAUUGCAGCCAUACUUCUUGCACUCAAUAAUGUUCUGGUCAUCCUCGUGCCAACUAUAAAAUACAUCUUUGGAUUCAUAGGGGCUUCUUCUGCCACUAUGCUGAUCUUCAUUCUUCCAGCAGUGUUUUAUCUUAAACUUGUCAAGAAAGAACCUUUCAGGUCACCACAGAAGGUUGGGGCUUUAAUUUUCCUUGUGGUUGGAAUCAUCUUCAUGAUUGGAAGCAUGGCUCUCAUUAUAAUUGACUGGAUUUACAAUCCCCCAAAUUCCAAGCAUCACUAACCCAAGGAAAAAUACUUUUUCUAUUGGAAAUGGUUGCAAAUCAUGCUGCAAGAGACGUUUGAGUUCUAUUGAUUGGAAUGUUAUUCAUAGGAAAUAACAGGAAGAUUCCAAAGAUGUUUAUAGUAACAUCACCAGGCACCUGCGGAAGAGGAAAGGCAUCAUUUUUGUCAAGAAUGGCUGUUUAUAUGUUUAAAAUCUGUGGUGCACAUUUCUACCCAGGUUUUCCUAGAGCAGUGUGAGAGGAUGUAUUUUUGCUGUUGUACAAGCAGAAUAAGGGUAGCUGCAUGUAAUGGUCAUCAGAUAAUACCCUUCCUCCCCCCGUCAAAGUACCAAAUACUUGUAUUCUGAGAACAUCAAACAAAAAUGCCCUGGUGGCAAAGCUAUCACUGCUUAAUGCGUUCCCCCAAUCCAGCACCAAAUUCUCUGGGUUUAUUUAAUAACAGAGACAAAAGGCAGGUCUUCUGAACUGUCCAUGAAUAAUCAGACAGCAGGCUAGAACAUCUUAUUCUCAACAGUAAAGGAAUAUUUUGCCCAUUUUGUUUGUGACGUGGAAAUAGUGACUUCUUCCUUCAAUAGAUUUUUGGUAAAUGCUAAAACAGCUUACUAAACACAGGCAUACCUCGUUUUAUUGUGCUUUGCUUUAUUGUGCUCAGCAGAUACUGAAGUUUUGUUUUUGUUUUUUUACAAAUUGGUUUGCAGCCACCUUGCCUUAAGCACCAUUUUUUCCCACAACGUCUGCCCUUUGUGUCUCUGUGUCACAUUUUGGUAAUUCUCACAGGACUUCGGACUUUUUCAUUAUUAUAUUUGUUAUGGUGAUCUGUGAUCAGUGAUUAAGACUUGCUGAAAGCUCAGAUAUGGUUAGCAUUUUUUAGCAAUAAAGUAUUUCAAUUAAGGUAUGUACAUUUUUUUAGACAUAAUAGUAUUACACACUUAGUAGACUAUGGUGUAGACAUAACUUGUAUAUGCACCGGGAAACUAAAAAAAAAAAAAAUCUAUUUGACUUGCUUUAUUGUAAUGUCUGCUUUAUUGUGGUGGUCCGGAACCGUACCUGCGAUCUCCGGGGUAUGCCUGCAUGUCUUAUGAACUGUCCCUGUAAGGUACAUACAUGAAUGAACAGACACCAGGCUAGAACACCUUAGUGUCAACAGUAAAGGAAUGUUUUGCCCAUUCUGUUUGUGACAUUGAAUGAAUGCCUUCUUUGUUCAAUAUUUUUUUUGAUAAACGUUAAAACAUCUUACUAAACAGAGAGAGGGGCUUUAUUUAAAUUAUAGAGCAACAACAAAAAUAAUGCUUAUUGCUAAACUGCCUGUUCUGGAAGCAUCUGCUUUUCAAUAUUAUUCCUAGUCCUCUUGUCAUGCUUUUGUCAUUGAACAAUGCUCUCCCUCUCGUCUUCCAUUGUCAUUCAGAAUUUUUCGAUAGACCACGAUUCGUGUGGAGCUACAUUACCCAGUAUUGUUUGAUACAUUUUUAUUUGAUAAACAUUCAGUGCAGGAAACUGUGAUUGCUUAUAUGUUUAUGUAUAUAAUCUUAUUCUGUAGUCAUCAGAAUUUUAACGUAUGGUACAUUUGAUUUUUAUUUUUUACAUGUGUAGUUUUCUCUCUUCACAGUCAAAACGUUUAUAUUAUUGAGGGUGGGGCAGGGAAUUAAGUUGAUGGGCUCAAAAAUCCAUUCUUAUGUAUCUGUCUAUUAGGAAUAUUUUAAAUUUGAAACCUAAGUUAUAUAUAGUUCAGUAAUGCUCUUCAAUGUUUACAAUGAUAACACAAUCAUCUACAAGAAAAUAAGUUAUUUGCAAAUAAUUAUCAAUACUGAGGUUAUUCUUUUAACUUAGCAUGUCUAAGAUAGGAUUUAGUUCAUUUUGGCUUGCACGGGAGUAUGCUGACAUUCAUUUGCCAUUUAACACUAUGUUAAAUGGUUCUCCACAAAACCGGAAGUGCUAACACUACAGAGAGAAGCAAACUAUUAUUCUUGCUCACUUCUACAACAUUUACAUGAAAUGGAUUUAAAAACCAGCACUCACUGCCCAGAAUUUCUGGAAUGUGCCACCUUUUUUUACCCCCAAAUCAGUAGCAAGAACAUUUAUUGCAUAUUUUUAUAUUUUAGUAUAAAGCCAAGUAUGAAAUACAACUAUCAUUUAAGUAUAAUAUUAAAUCGUAUUUCAAUAGUUGCUUUAAAAUGUGCCUUAAGAAAAUACACAUUUGUUUUAUGUAGUAUUUUCUGGAGGUAAUACUGUCAAAUGGUGCACUUUGUUAUGGAAAUUGAGCAUUACUAGAAACUAUCAUAACUUUUGAGUCAUUAUUAUUGGAAAUUAUUUGCCAAACAGCAUCUUCAAGAUACGUUUCCAUUUACAUUCACCUAAAGAGUGUACCAAAAUAGAAAGUGGAAAAAGCCACCUUCUAUGUGUUUAAAAAAAAAAAAGUUUAAUCUGAAUGUAUUUAAAUGUAAAUAUCAAAGAUUAAUUUUAAAAAUUGGGAAAGCAUAAAAUCUGUAUAUAUUUUUAAUGUUUUACACCUUUGAAAUAACCAACUUGAAAAUAUCAACCUCUGUAAUUAUACAGAUAUUCAAGAGCAAUACUACAGUGCCAAAUAAUGAAGCACCAUUUCUUUUCUCCUGGCCAUUUUCAGGAUUAGAGCUCAUAUAGACUGCAGGGCAGACUUACAUAUCGUAUCUUGUACUGGUUAAUUUAACCCCAUUUAUGAACAGAUGAAAAUUUUAUUUUCUUAUUUCAUUUAUAAGAUGGUUCAAUGUACUGGGAGGCUUUUUUUAUUACAGAAAGUGUAUAUUGGUAUAUAAUAAAUGAACUUUUCAAAUGAU